AUUGUGUUAUUUUCACUGUUAUGCUGUUUAUUGUCUAUUGUCUAUACUCCUUUCAUAAUAUUAUUCUUUAUUAAUUUUUUUUUGUUAUUACCUACUUAUUAGUUUUCAUUAUUCUACAAGUGUCAAAUAUUUUCAUUUUAUUCUGCUCAACUCGAUAUUGUUAUUAAUAAUUUGUUCUUUUGACGUUUGAAAUGGCAGCUAUGGAAAAUCAUUUAUUUAACUUGAAGUUUGCAGUCAAAGAAUUAGAAAGAAACUCUAAGAAAUGCGAAAAAGAAGAAAAGGCCGAAAAAUUAAAAACAAAAAAAGCUAUACAAAAGGGUAAUAUGGAGGUUGCUCGCAUACAUGCUGAAAAUGCUAUAAGACAAAAAAGUCAAUCACUGAAUUAUUUACGUAUGAGCGCUAGAGUUGAUGCAGUUGCUUCAAGAGUUCAAGGAGCUCUUACCACUAGAAAGGUGACUCAAAGUAUGGGGGGUGUUGUAAAAGCAAUGGAUGCAGCAAUGAAGUCUAUGAAUCUUGAAAAAAUUUCUUCAUUGAUGGACAAAUUUGAAAAUCAAUUUGAAGAUUUAGAUGUACAAAGUUCUUACAUGGAUAAUACUAUGUCUCAAAGUACUACUACUGCUGUGCCUCAAGGGGAUGUUGAAAAUUUGUUGCAGCAAGUUGCUGAUGAAGCUGGAUUGGAACUAAAAUUAGAACUUCCUACCAAUCCUCAAAGUAUCAGUUCUCUAUCUUCUACUACAACAGAACAAGACGAGCUUACACAACGUUUAGCUCGUCUCAGACAAGCUGAAUAAAAGAAUAAACUCACAGGCAAACAGCUAUAAUUUUGACUCAAAUUAUAAUUUUGAUUUAUAGUUCAACACUUUUUUGGUCAAACCGUUAUAGAACUCAUCAAAAGUUCUCAUAUUAUUUUUAUCCAUUAAAAAAAUUAUGUUUCUAUAAUAUAUUGUUUGAGAAUAACCAACAUCCUAAAUAUGCAAGAGAAAAGUUUUUUUUUUCAUUUGGAUACAUACUGUCAUCUUAUUAUUAUAUUAUUAUAAUAUUUAUUUGCAUUGCUUAUUUUUAGGUAUACUAAUUAUACAUAACGUGGGUUAUGUGUAUUUAUAUAGUAUAUAUAAUACAUAAUUAUAUUUUUAUUCAAUUAAGUAUCACAACAAAGUUAUAUUUUAAUAAAUUGAUUAAAAAGUAUUAAUAUUAUUCAAUUAUAUAAUUUUUCAUUUACUUUGAUAAUAAAAAAAAAAUUAAGUUGGCACUUAAUUUUAACCUUGUAAUAUUGAAUUUAUUAAUUUGUUUAUUAGGUACUAUUAAAUAAACGAUAAAGAUAAACAAAUCCAAA